CCGGAGCUCGCAGCUCCCGUGUGUGGUUUGUUGAAAUUGGACCCUUGAGUGGUCGGUCACCGCGCGUCAUUUAUGUGUAGAAACACUUUUUUCAAGCUGCGCUGUAGACGGGGCUGUUGGUACCGGUGCUCGGGGUGCGGUGUUGUGAAGGAGCAAAAACACGUCGUCUAGUCGUACGCCACCCGAGCCGUCGAAGCAGCUGGGGGAAACAUGAAUAUGAAAGUAAAAUUUCGGCACGUUUCGAUACUGCUCCCCUUCGGUAGUGGCGGCGGCGAUUCUAGUGGCGAUUACCACCGGUGCUGCAAUCAGUAUCGUUUAGUGUACAUUUAUAACAAGUGAUUUGCUCUGUCUCGAGUGGGUGCAGCCGUUUGAAGAAUUUGUCCGCGUUUAUAGAGCGAAAAGUGUGGUGCCUGGGAAAAGAACGGUCGGUGCUCGGAGUGCCAUGGCGGUGCGAUAUACCAAUCAUCUGACGAUGAAGGGGCACGUGGUUUUGGUGCUGCUAGUGUUGUUACUGUUCCAAAAUUGGGCCAGGUGUGAAGUGGUACACGGUCUGAGUCCUACGCUGCAGACCACCAGCCAAACUAAAAUGAUGCUGAAAGAAAGCUUAUUGAUUCCUUCGAUGGAUCCGGAAAAGGAAGCCAAGGCAAUGUACGAGAAGGCAUUGCAGCAGUACGGGAUUGUGGGACGAACGUUGAAGGAGAUUUGCAAACCCUGGCAAUCCAAGGGCUGUCAGUGUACCGGUUCGUCGGAGGAGGUAGCACUAACUUGCCGAGGGAUAGGAUUGGAGGCGAUUCCGGUAAACUUACCGUCGGAGCUGAUCAAACUAGACAUCAGCAGCAACAACAUCUCUAGUCUACCAAAUAAAUCGUUCGAUAUGCUAUCAAAUCUGGAAGAACUGUAAGUAUCAUCCCCCUGCCUCGACCAUCGAUACAAACGAA